UCCUUUAAGCCGCGUGGAGUUACUCGCGGCUUGACAACUACAACUAUAGCUAAGGCAUCAUCAACUGGAAAGUUGUCAGUGACUUUUAAUGCGGAGUGUCGUCAACCAAUUUGUACUAAUGCUGAGAAAUUUAAUAAUGAGAUUGGAUUCAUUAUUUGGAAUCAUGGUACAUUUCAUUAUAAAGAGUGGCGAAUGGUCCCAGAAGAUGUGAGAGAUCCAUUGCGACACUAUCUUUUGGAACAUUUUGACAUCAACUUGAAUGAUGAGACAACUAAAAAAUGCAUUGAUGAGCAAAUGAGAAAAGCUUGGAAGGGUCAUAAGUACAAGCUGCACUUAUAUUUCAAAGAAAUUGGAGGAGAAAAUGAUCUUGAGAUGGCCAAGAGCAAACGUCAUCCAGACUUAAAAGAAGAACAUCAAGAAGAUUGGAUGAUUUUGUGUGAUCGUUGGUGUUCUCCUGAAUUUAAGGAAAGAGCAUUAAAGAAUACUACCAAUCGAUCAAAGAGGAAAUGGGAGUCGAAAAAUGGUUCAAUCUCCACACCACGACAUCACAUUCGACGUGGAAUGGUGUUAACUUCUCCUACCGGUCAAAUUGAGACAUGGCGUCUAAAGCAUUAUGAUGCUGAGAAAGGAUGGACUGGAAUAGAGCUCGUGCCAUUAUAUGAUAAAAUGAUGGAGUUAAGGGGUCAACAUCCUCCAGAAGAAUUGUCUGAUAUAGAGAUUAUGGAGCGUGUACUUGGACGUGAUUCGGUAUACUUGCGAGGGUGGGGGCGGUCUCCUAGUGUCACAACUUCUACUUCACAUCGUGAAAAUAUUGUGGGUAAUCAACCAACUUAUGAAGAGUUACUUGAACGACUUAAUGAUACAACUUCCCGCCUUAAUGCUACUAACGAACAACUUAGUGUAGUUGUGGAUAUACUUCGUCAUAACAAUUUGAUGGCACCGCCUCCACCACCUCCACCACCUCCAACAGACCAAGCUUCAGAUGCAAAUUUAAGAGAGUCGCCAUCUAUUUCUAUUCGGGAGUCACAAGAUGAUUCUUAG